AUGAAUACGGCGGAAGAUCACAGUAACGCGUGGCAAGCUCUGUUCAUCGUGAUAAACCUUGACCUGUUGGCAUUAAGCCACAUAAGUUACAUAUUGUACUUACUUUAUUUCAAUAUAUCUUUUGAGAUAAUAGCUCAACUUUAUUUGAUAAACAUGUCUAACUUCAGGGUCACUUCGGAAAUACUUACAGAAAAUUGUAUGACAGCUUCAUCAAGUGAAAAAAAUAACUCUAAAAUUUCAAAAUUUAUCUUCAAUCUUCCAGUAUACAUGUUAAAAACAAAAAAUAAAGAGAUAAAAUAUGAUGAAGAUGAAGAUUUGAUUUUAGAUAGAACCAAAACAGGCGAACUUUUCAUAGAGCAUAGUAUUUCCACAGAACUUCAACUCGUUGGACUACAAGUGUGGCGAGGAGCAUUUUUAUUAGCUGAUUAUAUUUUAGAUAAUCCCAGCGUCUUUAAAAAUCAAAAUGUUAUAGAAUUAGGUGCAGGUGUAGGAUUAACAAGUAUUGUUACAAGUAUGCUUGCUCGUGAAGUUACAUGCACUGAUAUCGAUUCCCAUGGAAUCAUUGAAUUAAUACAAAGAAACUUCGACCGUAAUUCUCAAUAUAUUAAUGCCAAAUUUAAUAUCAUGGAAUUAGAUUUUUUAAACUGUAAUUGGUCGUCAGAUUUAACAAAAAAAAUAACAGAAUCAAAAAUUAUUUUAGCUGCAGAUGUAAUUUAUGACAACGAUAUAACAGAAGGAUUUGUUAAUACAUUAUCAAAAAUAUUAAAUUCAAAUAUUAAACGAACAGCAUAUGUUGCACUAGAAAAACGUUUCGUAUUUACAAUCGCAGAUUUAGAUUCUGUUGCUCCAAUGUACGAAGAAUUUAUUCGUUGCAUUACUCAACGAAAUUUAAAUUGGAAUAUCCAAACAAUAGAUAUUAAUUUUCCACAGUAUUUUCAAUAUAAUCGUGUUAAACAAUUAUUAUUAAUGAAAAUUUAUAAUAAAAAUAAUUAA